AUGUUUGCAGCAGGCUCAGUUCCUUUGGCAGCUGGAGCGAGGAGAGGUCAGCUCAGUGUCCAGGAGGGGGCGCCUGCCCCCGAGGAGGCCACGGACGUGCCUGGGAAGGUGCUGCCGGAGAAGUGUGCUCUGAUGUGGCCACACUUGGGGACGCGGGCUCCCCAGAGGCCCAAGUGAGAAAGCCGGGGGUUCCCAGGCUGGGGGUGCAGGACGGGCCAGGCACUGCCCUGCAGGGCCCGCCCCCCUACCCCUGCACCCUCACACCCAUCUUCCUCUCUCAGCCUGACCCCAGGGCCUGGGAGCCCCCGGUAGACCAGCCCUCCUUGCCAAACAGUGGCUGCCCUUUAUGGACUCGGCGUCUGGCAGAGCCACUGUGGAGGAGGAGUUGGCUGUCAUGGUUGGGGGAGGCAGCCCUUGGGUUGUCAAGGUUGGUGGUCAACAUUGAACCCAUAUCUGCUGGAAUCUGCCGGUCUGUUCCACACACGAUCAUGCGGGAAGCUCUGGGACCCGAAGGCUGUUCUCGUCUCGGGGGUCACAAGUUCUCACAGCAGCCUGGGGUCACCAGGGACCAGACCCGGCAUUAGCCUCUGUAAGGAGCUGCCUGGCUGCUGGGCUGAGCUUUGUUGCAGGCCCAGGAAGAUGACCAAGAAGGACAGAGCAGAGCCCCAUCCACCACUGCUGGGAGGGCCCCAGGGAGCACGUGCACAGCGGAGCCCCAUUCGCCACUCCCUGGGCUCGAAGAGGCUUCCUCGGUGUGGAUGGCAGCUGUUAACGAGCAGUGGUGGUGCAGCUGGAGGCCUCUGUCCCAUGGGGCACAGACAUGGGAAGGAUGGCGGACGGGUGUGCAGGCUUGGGAGGACGGGCGGGCGGUAUAGGCCUGAGCAGGUGGCGUGGGCGCACGAGAAGGGUGUGUCUGAGACAGGAUGUGUAUUCCAAAUGCCAGGAGUGGACGAGGCGGACGAGUGGCAGUGAGGUAGGCGUGUGAGGUUGUUGCCUGGCCCACUCCGCCGACCCCAGAAACCCAGCGGCCUGGGCCCAGCACCCGGAUACACAUGGGGCUGAGCCGGCAACCUCCUUGGCACCUGGGGACAGUCGCUUCCUCAGUUUCUGCGUACCGACUGCCUCACCUGACACGCGGCCUGGGCGCGAGAGAAGCCAACCAGGUGCCUGAGUUGACUGACUCCUUCUGCCCUCCAACCUGCUCCCUCCGCCCCCCGCCCUCCAACCUCCUCCCUCCGCCCUCCAACCUCCUCCCUCUGCCCUCCAACCUCCUCCCUCCGCCCUGCAACCUCCUCCCUCUGCCCUAUAACCUCCUCCCUCCGUCCUCCAACCUCCUCCAUCUGCCCUCCAACCUCCUCCCUCCACCGUUUCCUCCCUCCACCUCUUCUCUCCUCCCUCCCUCUCUUCCCUCUGUCCUCUUCUUCUGCCCUCCUCCCUCCACCCACCUUCCUCCCUCCACCCUCUUCCCUCUGCCCUCCUCCCUCUGCCUCCUCCCUCCACCCUCUGCCCUCCUCCCUCCACCCUCUGCCCUCCUCCCUCUGCCUCCUCCCUCUGCCCUCCUCCCUCCGCCUUAUCUGGAAUCGGGGUCCUGGUCCCGGGCUAGAGGCAGACCCUGGCCCGGGCGAGGUUAAAGGCACUGCAGGAGGGCAGCGUCAUGAUGUCCUGAAGCUUGCUGCGCCUGGUGCUGUCGGCCGGCUGAAGGGAGAAACAGUCACGGCACCUACAGCUAUGGAAGGCGACGACCGAAAAUCUAAUAGGCACCUUGAUGUCAAGUUUCCAAGACCAAAGGCAAGAACAGUCAGAUCAAACUUAGGAAGAGUCAGAGAAACUGAGCAUGACCUAGAGGAGGGAGACGGUCCUUCCGCUGUCUCCUCCAGAGCGUCUGUUGCACGUAUGAGGUGAAAUCCACACUGUCCCAUGAAGACUGUGAGGGGAGUUGCCGCCCACACACGGCCCAGGAGCGCCAGCAGCUUGGGGACCACCACAGGCCUCAGGGUCUCUUCAGUCCGGCGGGUCCAACUGUCGAUAAAACUUCUGGGGAAGGAGUAAAGGACAACCAAGAACCUGAACUGCAAAGUAUGGAAAACAUUUCAUUUCCCUCGAGUUCUCCACACUUUAGGUCUGCAGUGCCUUGGGGGUGACUGAUGGCCCUCAGUGAGACGGGGUGGCCGUGUGCUUCUAAAAGUGAAAAGGAGCAAGUGUGGUUAGAGCCAGGGGCAUGGUUAGAGCCUGGAGUAUGGAUGUCCCGUGGACCGCUGGCCCAUGGCCUGGCUUGGGGCCUUACAGGGGAGCGAGUUGAGUGCAUGCAGGGGAGGGCCCGUCUUUCUACAGUGUGUAUCUUGUUUUUGAGACAGACUCACCCUGUCGUCCAGGCUGGAGUGCAGUGGCGCGAUCUCGGCUCACUGCAACCUCUGCCUCCCAGGUUCAAGCGAUUCUCCUGCCUCAGCCUCCUCAGUAGCUGGGAUUACAGGCACCUGCCACCACGCCUGGCUAAUGUUUGUAUUUUUUUUUUUAGUAGAGAUGGGGUUUCACUAUGUUGGUCAGGCUGGCCUCGAACUCCUGACCUCAGGUGAUCCACCUGCCUUGGCCUCCCAAAAUGCUGGGAUUACAGGCAUGAGCCACCGCGCCCGGCCCUGCCCUGCUUUUCUACAUCACCACUGUCUUGUCAGUUAGCUCGGCUCAGGCAUUGCAUGCCUGAUCUGUAUCUUUGGGAAUCCUGUGAGCUAAUGGUUCCAGAUCCAAAAGAAUGGAUGAAGAGACUGUUUCAGGUUCCCGAAAUUAUCCAGGCACAUUCUGUGCGCUACUGAACUUCAGAAGGCACCAGUCCAUCCAGUGUGCAGAGGCUGGUGAGUAGAACAGGCCAGCCAUGGGCACAGACAGGUUCACCAGAGGCCCUGGGGCAGAGGGUCUUCUCCAGCUCUUCCAGGGCGGGGCUCAUCUGUUCCUGGGCCAGAGGUGGACCUGUCUGCAGGCUUGUAAGGGUGGGGAGACGCCAGCCUGGCCCAUGGGCUGUCCACACCCACCCCCCGCAGACCGCGCUGCCAUCUGGAGGGGAUGCCACCACUUCCUCCUGGCCUCGGGUGCACAGGUGAAACACGAAGAAGCUAUUGGGGCGGAAAAUGGCUCUCACCAGGCUGCUCUCGGGUUAAUGAAAACUCGUCAAAUUCUCCAUGCAGCAGCAGCCAGCCGGGCACACGCUGUCCUGGCCUGCCCUACUGUGUGGAGGGAAGCAGGUCCCCUGGGCGGAGGGACUGCGUGCCUGUCAGGGAAGGCCGAGGCUCCGGACAGGCGGGAAGCAGCCUUCUGCUUAAUCACCCCAUGUGGAAACCAAUUAAAGAUUCGAUUCUCUCAGACCCGGGGCAUUUUAGCCUUGGUUGAAUCCUCCUGGAAUUCACAGGGAAGUGGCUUUGCCCUCUGCCCUCACUGCUGGAAGGCAAGGGGCCAGCCUCGGCUUGGUUUUCUAGGUUGUGUUGCGGCAGGAGCUGACGGCCCCUAGGCCUAGAUCUCUGCACGACUUCGCUCAGGGAUACCUGCCUCCGUGCAUGUCUCAUGGUGUGAAUGUGUCUCCUGCUCACAGGUACCGUUUUGUGUCAUGCAGUUACUGGAAUGUACAAAAGCAGCUGUGAUCUUUGUGAGAGCUGCAAAGAGCAGGAGUCUUUAUUUGGUUCACUUCUGGUCUGCAGCAACCACUUGAUACUAAAAAAUGGAAAAGAUGUACAAAAAGAUGUCACAGCCCUUUAGAAAGCGACAUUAUCAGAAACGUAUGACCUUCAGUCCUCCUCAGUCCUCCCUCCCUCUCCUAUGCCCCCACCAGACCAGGCCGCGAGAAGGAACAGGGAGUGAACAUAUAACGGAAAACAAUAAAACUGAAUUUAACUGGAA